AUGCUUUCCCGCAUAGCUGCAGCUGUAUGCCUAUUUGGUGGCGCGGCGAUCGCCCAGCAACAGGCUUGGGGCCAAUGCGGCGGCAUUAACUGGACUGGAGGAACUACUUGCGUGUCAGGCUAUGUUUGCACAUUCCUCAAGUAUGGCGCCUAUGUCUGGGAAUGGAAUCGGUUUCUAACUCGUGCCGACACUAGUACUGCAUCCGCUGCGACGAGAGCAACAAGUACGAGAACGGGCACCUCCACAACUCUAUCAACAGUAACCACGACGGGCGCAACGACGACGACAACAGGAGCCGCUCAGGAGCAUAUCCGACAACGCUCCAAUCAGGGUACUACCUACUGGAUCCGCGCCGUCGCUUCACCCAACUACCACUCGUACCUCCAAGCCGCGCCAACAGCAACUCCCUCCCCCGGCCCAGGCGACGCAUACCUGUUGUCCGCACCCAAGGCAGGGCAAUUCAACAUCAUCGACGGACAACUAGUCUACAACCCAGGUUCUCCCAGCAGCGAGAAGCUGUACAUGUGGGUAGAGGACCCGGCGAACAAGAUGCAACGCACGCUGGAGACGUGGUUCGACGCGGGAGAGAAUCCAUACGGUAAAUUUGCGUUCCAGGGCGACACGCUCACAUGGGCUGUCGAUGACAUCAAGCGCCCGAAUGCCGCGGCGUGGCUGGUGUGCGGGGAUGCGGGACAGCUGUAUAUCAACACCGGGGCUUAUGCAUAUGAUACCCCCGAGGGAUGCGCGGAUCAGACGAUACAUUCCUACGGGGGUUCGACUGCGGAUGUGUGA